AUGAUGCAUACCAGAUAUCCAAAAUCAUCAUGCUCCAGCUUCAUGAAUCAGAUUUCCUUUGGACUCAAAUACUGGAAAAAAAAUUAUGACUCUUUGGUUUCAAGUGGUUGGAAAUGCCUUUCAGAAAUAUGGUGUGAAGAAAUUGAAUCUCUAUUAUUUACCAACCCUGCAAGUCUUACAUGUCUUCCAUGCUCCGGUUUACAUUUACAAGAAACUACUGACCAUUGCCUGCAUUGUGAAGAACUUCUCCAACUUAGUUUUUUUAGCAUUCUCCUCUCUCAAGCAGCCCAAGACAAACAAUGCUUAUAUUUGUUUAGAAACUUAUUCACAAAAUAUGGUCUUUGCCAAAAUUUGAUUGACCGUAUUUAUGCUUCUUCUGUUUAUAUUUCUCACUUGGCGGGAAAAGUUUUUGUCUCUCUGAUUUCUCUGAAUCCAUUUCAGUAUUUCACUGAGAAUGGCUUCAAAGAAAUGGUGCUUUUAUUUAUUCAUCAUCCUCAAUCACAUAUGGACCCUUGCAGAGGAUUUUUGAUUUUGAAGAAUAUUUUAAGAACCAAGCUUCCCAAAGAUGUGAAUGCAGCAUAUGUAAACAAUCAUCCUAUACGAAUUGGAAGCUCUAAUAUUCAAAGUCAUCCCAAGCCAAAUACAGAAAAAAAUUGGACAGAAUUUCAACAUGAUUGCAUUUGCCCUACUUUGAAUAUGUCUUUGUUGCGCAAACUUAUUCUUCUUGAAUUUAAUGUCUGUGCAAUAGCCAUCCGGUCAGAAUAUUUUAAAAACACCUCUGAAUCUAAAGAUACAAAUGUCAAUGUUCUGGAGAAAAUACUACUGAAGCUUCAACGAAUGUGUUUUUUUAUACAUUAUAAUCUUCAAGCAAAAUCUCAGCUUAUGAGAGAGCAAGUUAUUGAUUGGCUUCCUCAAGUUUUUGCUGACCAAGACAAUUCCUGGGUUCAAGUCCUCCUUGCAGUUACUGAUCUUUAUGUGAUCAGCAAAAUGUGGAAUGAAGAGAAUAGAACAGCUAAAAAGAUAUCAACACUUAUUAAUCCCCAUUUGAUAAAAGUCAUUAUUUAUGCUGCUGGAUAUUGCCUCAUGACUUGUGAUUCAGAGAGAAUGGACAGCACAUCCACCAUAGCUGCCAUGCCUGUUGUAAAAAGUGUUAGUGAGCAUCUAUCAGAGCAAGUUUUUUAUGAGAAUACUUACAAAAUGAAACCAGAUAAAAAGAUGCAGCUCAGAGGUGUACGAGAUUUGGUGCAGAAGAUCCUUGGAGAAAAUAUUGUUAAUUUACAUUAUGAUGCUAAGUAG